AUGUCGAAAAGGCUAGGACACGUCCUGCCCGUCCACCGGCUUCGUGCAUCACAAUGUCGGCGAGCACCAUCACUCAUUUGCCAGAAAGUUCAAGCGCGUGCGUUCUCAGAUGUCCAGCAGCACAGCUCAAAUACGCCUGCAUCAGGCAGCCAUGGGUUUGUGCAACCGCGGGGCGCUGCAUCACCCGGGACGGCCAGUGCGUCGAUAGAAGAGCUCGAGGAGCACCUUAACGAACUGUUUCCGCCCCUCAAGUUCCCCCCAGACCUUGCGGCGCGGAUACUAACGCACUCGAGUCACCCUGAAGCGGUCCAGAGACAUAACGCGCGGUUGAGCUUCAUAGGCAGACGAGUGCUGCAGUCGUACCUUCUUCUCUUCCUGCAUGGCUCGCCCGCGCUGCAGCCCGUACAUGAGUACGAACUGAUUGCCGCGCGCGCGAUCAAUACGUACAUGCUCGGAGAAUUCGUCGCACCGCACUGGGAGCUCGGCCGGGUGCUGAGGUGGACGCCUGUGCACACCGGGCCACUCUCUAUGGCGGCAGUGCAGCGCGAGAACGUGCGGGACGUGCUGGGCCGCCUCGGCUCGGAGGCAUCGCGAAGCGUUGGGAUGUACAAGGUGCACGGGACGGCGGUGGAGGCGGUCGUGGGGGGUGUAUUUCAUCAGUUCGGCGGCUCAGUCGCCCAUAGGCUGUUCCAUACGCGGAUGCUCCCCCACCUCCUCCUGCCAGGGCGAUCCGAAGGCCUUCACGACGUAUUCCACGAGCAUGCGCUGCAGGUGUGCCAGCAGAUGGGCGGACCGAAUGGGGCGCUGGUCGUGCCAAGCUAG